AUGGCCGACAACAAGUCACAAGACAAGACCGUACUCGCUUCCGAAGAAGAGACCAAGAAGGUGGGCCCAGUCUCGGAGAGUACAGCCCAAACGGACUCCGGCGACAACAAGACGGAGAAUGCCGCCACGUCCGAUUCGAGCUCCACUUCGCAGUCCAGACCGACCAGACAUUUGCCCACGCACUACAAGGGAAUGCCGAAGCAGUGGGAGAAGAAUCAAGUUCCCAAGAAGGAUACCCCAGACUCUCCAAACAUCUCUUCGUGA